UGGAUUGUCUGUUGCUGUGGCCCAGAGCUGAUUUCUUUUUCUUUCCUUCAUAAAGACUCUGGGAGCUGAUUGUGACUUCACCGUUGACAUCACAAUGUGGCCAUCAUCCUGCUGUCAAUUACUGCUGUCAAUUAUGCACCACGGCUCUGUGUCAGGAUUUUUCUUCAAGCCGGAGCUCAUGCUGCUUUCCCUUUUCCCUUAGCUCAUCCCUUGAAUGUCAACCCCUCUCAUCUCUCACUUAUUAUCUUUCUGACCCUAGGACAGAUUGGGAAGAUGGAGGCUUACAUGUCGCGUGUUUUCCUGCUCUUGGGUUCCUGUCAAUCGUCUCUCUCUCUCUCUCUCUCUCUCUCUCUCUCUCUCUCUCUCUCUCUCUCUCUCUCUCUCUCUCUCUCUCUCUCNCACACACACACACACACACACACACACACACACACACACACACACACACACACACACACAGAAGUCGACGAAACAGUCCGGCACAGUCAUGCUUUUUUCGAGUGUAUAGCGGAUAUGACAACACACAAACACACAGCAAAGAUGACAACACAUGCACACACACACACGCGCAGACAUGCUUUACUUCUCUGCGUUGCAUGUGAGGUGCUGGUGUGGACUGAGAUCUUGUCAAUAGGUAAGUUACUGGCACACACACACACACACAUACACACGGACACACACAAGCGCACGGACACCCCCACACACACAUGCUUCACUUUCCUGCAUUGCAUGUGAGGUGUUCGUGUGGACUGAGAUUUUGUCAAUAGGCAAAUUACUGACAACGGUCGACCACCAUGACCACAAAAGCCUUGAUUAGCUGGUCUUGAAUCCUCGUCUGAGCAUUGGUCCAUUCUUUGUUUGCCACAUGGUUCUUAUUGUGCCAUGAAGCUCAUUGUGGAAAGACCUAUCUGUAGUGUAGUAAGUGUCGCCGUUCUGACAGUACACUUUCUAGGGUAGUUUUCAGUGGUGAACAGUAACUCAUCCAUGCCAUCCAUGGCAUUGCUGUUGUGGCUGGGAAACAUAGGCAGCUUGUGUUGUCAAACCCUCUGGUAGACUGGUAGCCCUUUUUUAGAAAUGUUGCUACCCCUUUGCGAAGACUGAAGAUGUUGCAAGCUUUAAUCUGGCAUUCCAGAUUUUCGUGUGUAAAUGUAUGGAAUCUGUGGAUGAUGGUGCAAUUGUGAAUUUGCUAUUGGAGGUCCAGGGUAGUCGUCCUCUUGGCAGGAUUGUCUUCCAUUCAUUCAAGCGUUACUGGAUCAACUGACAACUUGAUAGACGUAUAGUUUAUGCUUCAGCAUAAAAAUCUUGUUUGCAAGGAGUGAUACUGUGGUCAAGCUUAUGAAGCGAUAGGCGGCGGUUCGGCAUAUGGCAGGGCUCAGAAUAGGUGAUCUUUUUGUCCCUGUUCAGAUUGUGAGUGGUGUGGGAAACCUACCUACCUGUUUGGCGUUAGGGUUCAGGUGUUGUGCUCCUGAUAUUGAUGGGGCAUUCAUGAAUGGAAAGCUGCAGGACAAAGAACUGCUGCAUGCAUUGUUGCGAGGGCGGUACGAACAUAGGGCAAAGCCAGAGGUGAAGGUAUAUUGCCGACCCGAUAUUUGUGGCUUAGGCACUGUGCUCCCGGUGUAAAUGGGUUCUGCGCUUCUACGAUGGCCCUACGGGUGGAGCAACCGUUGAGGGAUAGAGACAGGACAAUGAAUGGCAUACUUAUGGUUGAGAGUCUCAUCAUGGCAAGAUGUGAAAAUGAUGGGGUUGAAGGUAUAACAGACCUGGAGGUGAGGUAGCAUGCCUUCCACAUUCAUACAUGGACAUUGGUGACAGCCAUGCAUCAUGAAUAUACAACGACCUUUCGGAGGACUCCAGGCAAGCAAGGGAUUUCCCCUGUGGCAUAGCAGGAGGAUGACGUUCAGAGAAUGAACAUAUUGGCGGUAGAGAUGCUGAGGGAAUUUGUUCAACAUGACCAUCCAAGUUUGAAGGUCUCCCAUCCAUCGCACGGUGCUCUCACACUUUAGGACUCAGUCCUGGGGGACUCAUUGCACAGUGCAGUCACAGUCCCAAAAUGUCCAAUUGGUCAAUGUGGAGGAUAAGUAACAGCAAUGUGAACUCAAUGUGCGAGGCGGUACUAUCACAGUGAAGACAUCGAGUACAUGGCAUGUGAUCAGUUGGAUGCUUACCUCCUGCCCGGGGCUCUCAUAGCGUGAGUCUGUGUCAUCAACCAGGACUCCCAGGAAGUGACUUGGUGGGAGGAACAGGUGCGCCAAAGUGGAUGCUGGUUGAAAAGCGGAAUGCCGCCAGGAAGAGAGGAGCUGGUGUUGAGAUGUUAAGAACCCCUAUCAGUGAGACAGGACUUGCAUCUGAAAGAGUUUUGGAACCAAGGAACAGGAGAAACAUCACCAGCAAAAGGGAGUUGCACGAAGCAAGAGCAGGAUGUGAACAACAGCAACAGAAGCAGUAGAGGGAAGAGGAGCAGGAGCGCGGAGAGGGACCAAGGAUCAGCAGCAGGACAUGUUGCUGCAGCAUGAGCCAGUAGUGCAGGCUCAGUAUGAAGGAAUAUUUAGCGAAGAGUAGCGUGCAAAGAUGCUUGCUUCUGUAGUUAUCAAACUUCAAAAACUUGUGGUACUGGAAAGUGAAAUUGGACAUCAAAGUCUAUGAAAUAAGAAUCCGACCUGUUUGGUGCCAACUUAGAAUGUUGGACGUGUUACACCAAGUCCAUCAGUGAACAGCUCCUCAUGUAUGGCGAGUGGUGACUGAUUUGCCUUCCCGU